ACCAGCAACGAUGUCGGAAUUUGCACCAGUCAUCGUCAUUGACGGCAAGGGACAUUUGCUCGGUCGCUUGGCCAGCACUGUCGCCAAGCAGCUCCUGAACGGCCAGAAGAUCGUUGUUGUCCGCUGCGAGGCCCUCAACAUCUCUGGAGAGUUCUUCCGCGCUAAGCGUACGUCCACCACCCACAACCGCACGAACCCGAUCGCCGCCAGCACCUUCGCACAUCGAACGCUCUACCGAACACCAACCUGGCGGCAAUCGCUUUCCUGCGCAAGCAGACGCGUUACAACGCUUCCCGUGGUGAUGUUCUGGCGCACCGUCCGUGGCAUGAUCCCUCACAAGACUGCCCGUGGUGCCGCCGCUCUGGAGCGCCUGAAGACCUUCGAUGGUGUUCCUCCNCCUUACGACCACAAGAAGCGCAUGGUCGUUCCCCAGGCCCUCCGCGUCCUCCGCCUCAAGCCCGGCCGCAAGUACUGCACCGUCGGCAGACUCGGCCACGAGUUCGGCUGGAAGUACCAGGACGUUGUCGCCAGACUCGAGGAGCGCAGAAAGGUCAAGGGUGCUGCCUACUACGAGCGCAAGAAGGCCGCUCGCCGUUCGCUGGCCGAGGCCCAGAAGACCGCCAAGGUCGACGAGAAGUUCCUACCAUCUCCGUUCUCUUCACGAAAAGUCGAAAUCUGCAACAACCAUCAACUCUCACCUACCUUCUUUCUACCACGCGCAGCAACCAUCGAACCGGAUGCUCCCGCAAUAUAUCAUGUAACUGCAAACAAGAAGGUUUUGAGACGAAACUAUCAGGAAUUUGCAGAUCGUGCUAGAGGUCUUGCAUACUACCUGAGACGUCAUGGAUACAAGCGAGUAGGCGUUCUUUGCCCCAACACUCCUGCGUUUCUGGAAGCUAUCUUUGGAAUCGCAGCUGCAGGAUCAGUCAACGUUGGCGUCAACUACCGGUUGCAAUCGGGAGAUAUCACUUACAUAUUUGAGCAUUCUGAAGUGGACAGCAUCAUCGUUGAUGCCGAGUUUGUUCAUCUUUUGGACAACUUCAGAGCAGCGCAUCCUGAAGUCAAGAUCAUAGUUGAUACCGAUACGGAUGCUACGGAAGGACAACUCUCUGGUCCGUUUGAUGAAGCAGUUCUCGAAGGCCUGAAAUAUGACACCGAGACUGGUUCCAGAGGUUGGGCAGAUCUUGAACACACUACCCCCGACGAGAACUCUCUGUUAGCAUUGGCAUAUACUUCGGGGACAACCGCACGUCCCAAAGGCGUAAUUUUCACCCACAAGGGUGCCUAUCUAGCAGCUCUCGCGAACAUUGUUGAAUCUGGUCUCAACUAUCAUGGGUCGCAACGCGCACACUAUCUCUGGACACUGCCUCCGCCGUCGGCUCAUCUGUUCAAGACCAUGGAGAACUUGAAUUUGCAGCCAGUGCAUACGUAUGGCCCCAUCACCAAAGGUUACCACAUGCAAUCGUGGAGUCAGCUUCCAGGAGACGAAAAGUAUGCCAAAAUGGCCCGUCAAGGUCAUGGAUUUGUCACUUCCAUGCCUGCACGCGUUAUAAGAACAGACGUUCCAGACGACCAUAUCGAAGACGUCGAGAGAAAUGGCAAAGAUAUUGGUGAGAUCGUCUUCUACGGCAAUAUCUGCUCAAAGGGCUAUUACAAGGACGAUGAAGCUACCAGAAAGCUAUUUGCUGGCGGGGUUUUGCACACUGGUGAUCUCGCUGUUAUGCAUGAAGACGGUGCCAUUCAAAUCCUCGACAGGGCCAAGGAUAUCAUCAUCUCAGGUGGAGAAAACAUCUCUAGCGUUGCUCUAGAGUCCAUGCUAGUUACUCAUCCAGAGAUACUUGAAGCAGCAUGCGUGGCAGUGCCUGAUAGUCAUUGGGGCGAACGUCCACUAGCCUAUGUCACCGCAAAGAAAGAAAGCCUCAGAGGCGAGGAAGUAAUCGAAUGGGCCAGAAAUCAGAGCAGCAUCAGCCGGUUCAUGGUUCCCAGGGAAGUCGUUAUAGUUGCAGAGUUGCCAAAGACAAGCACAGGGAAGCUGAAGAAGAAUGAGUUGCGAGAAUGGGCCAAGAAAGGGCAGAAGGGGUGUAAACGGAAGUGGGACUUCCGCAGCCGGACGGGAUCG